UUCUCUACUGCUAUUGAAACAACCUGGACCCAACUCCGGACCCUUUGAGGAUUGUCUCACUCCAUGCUAAUUUGUGGACAGCUUUGCUUCACAAGCUGAGGAGAGUCUGACAGAGGGCCCCCAAAUGGAAAUGCUACUGUAGGGACUUUGAGAGGUGCCUUUGCAACCUGAGAUACAGGGUUUUUUUCUUGAGAAACAGCCCUAAAGGAAGCUCUGCUUUCCUGGGCUCUAAAAGAGAAGAUGGGCUCCCAGGCUCUUCAGAUAUUGCGGCAGGGUGUGUGGGCUUCACUGACAGGAGGCUGGUAUGUGGACCCUCAUCAGAGCACCUUCUCCAACUGCUUCCACCUCUACCUCUGGAUUUUCCUCCUGGCCUUCCCCUUCCUCCUGUAUAUGGCACUGCCACCCAGUAUAGUGGUAGCCGGGGUGUACUGUGCUGUAGUGGCCGCUUUCUUCACCGCCAUCAAGGCAGUGAACUUUCGGCUGCAUGCUAUGUUUGACCUGGGUGAGAUCGUGGAGAAGAGGCAGGCCUCGUUAACCACAGACCCUCAGAGAGUGGAGGAAGGGGACGAGGGCUCUGGAGCUCAUGAUGGGAUCCAGCACAGGGACAGUAAUGUUGGUGUGGAAAUGACAGUGUUCAGAAAGGUUAAUUCAACCCCUCCUGUGCGGUGCAGCUCUCAGCACUCGCUCUUUGGACUGAACCAGGUGUCGGAAUUUUUGCCACAGUUGGAUGACCCCAGAGGCUCAAAAGAUAUCAAGGAUCUUAUUCCAGAACAGAGGAAUAAUAAUGGGAUAGUUACGUCUGCUCACAAAGAAGUCCUCCGGCACAACUCUCAGGACACAAUCAGGAUGGCUGGGACAGUGCAGUCUUGCCUGUCCGCAGCUCUGGCUGGGGAUUUCCCUGUGCUGAUGGGGGUGGGCGGAGUGAUGUCCUCGGGCUUUGGGAGCUCACAACCAGGAGAAUGCCCUUCUAUCCCUCCCUCCCCUUCCAGCCAAGGAAUUGGAGAAGAGAAAGAGCUGGUGGAGGAGGGUGGAGGAGUGCACAGAAUGCUGGGGCAGCUUUCCCAAAGGAGUCCUGAAGAGAUGGAGGGUGGCGUUGGGGGCUAUUCUCCUUUGGGCCCCUCCGGCGAGUCAGGUAGCCUGGGUGAUGCUCCGCUUAGUCCCCUUAUUAAGAGCAGUUUGAGUGAGGAGUUGAGUGAGAACCUGCUUGGUCUCGGUUUGGAUCCUGUUGCCUUUGCCCCUGGCAGCAAGCACCCAGGCAGUCGCAGUGGGCUGGCCAUGGCUGCUGGUUCUACUGACAGCUGCUUCAGUGGGGGGGGGCCAGCCACUGACCGCGAGACUCUCAGUACUGUCAGCAGCUACCGCAGCGAAAAGACUGACUCCACGCAACUAGAGAGCCCGUCACUGGGUCAGCAGCAUCUACCAGCAUCUGGGGUCCCUUCUGCAGCGUUAACGCCGAGCACACAAGCUGCGAGGCAGCUGGAGGACCUCGCCCUUCAAGGGGACAGCGAUACAGACAACCUUUCAGACAGCGAGCUGCUCCGCUCACCCUCCAAAGAGCUCUCAGCCGGGCAGGGCCUGGACAGAACUCUAGUGGAAGGUGAGGAUUUGCAUCCAUUGUCAGACAUGGCUCAGAACCCCACUACUUUGCAGGACUCAUCACCGUCUAGUAGCGGCCCCUCGGAGGCUUGCGAACUAGACCGUGGAAUCCCAAUCCCACCGCUGCCUGCUCCGCGGCAGGCAAGCUCGGUGCCCUCAGGGCUGUCGUUGGGGCUGGUGUGUUCAGAACCCGCCCUGCCUGUUACCUCCCCGCCCUACCUGCUUGCAGAGUCGCCUUCACUGCAGGCACAGCAGCAACAGGUAGUGCGACCCAAAGACUUGAAGCUACUGCGGCCACAUGGCAGUGUGGGCCACCGGCCAGGCCGCAGGAAAGUCCCCCGUAAACGUGGGACGGCAGGCAGCAGCAGCUUUGACUGUGGUUCCUCCUACCGUCGCCGACACCACCACCACCACAACCACGGCCAGCAUCGAGACUACAUCCCUGUACGCAGCCGACUGGGCGCUAAGGCAUACAGCGAGAGCCUUUUUGAGGACUCCAGCGACGAAGAUGACGGCAGCGACAUGAGUGCCAGCUCAAGCCUUGGCUCACAGCGUCGUUACAGCUCUGAUGACGAUGAGGAUGAUGACGACGAUGAAGACUCCAGCUCCUCUACUUCCUGCUAUUCCCCUGACCUGGCUAAUACUGGCAUUGCCUCUCAACCUGUGCCUGCCCCCGCUGCUCAGUUGCCCAAUCCCAGGGAAGGGGAGGAGGAACUGGACGUGGUAGGCCCCUCCCAGUCGCGUGGGGCUCAGAGAUCAGCGAGUACGGCCAGUGCCAAGACUCAUGCAAGGGUGCUUAGUAUGGAUGGGGCUGGCGGAACUCACACAAGUACAGGGACUUUGGCCCCUGCCCUGAACCCUUUAAAUCCCUCAUCCAGUGCCCCAGCCCCACGGCCUCUAACCGUCUCUAAAUCGGACCUGGAGGCUCGGACGGUGCACUUAGAGGGUUUCCCCAGGGCCCAUCACAGACUUGACUCUCUAGGGGGCUCCUGGGCAGGAAACCAGACAGGCUGGAGGGCAGGGGAGCUACUGGAGGAGGGAGCUGUUGGAGGAGCUCUGGCUCCAGAGGACAGGGGUAAGCGCGACUCCGUGAGCAGUGUGAAGAGGACACAGGCCAUCCGAAGACGUCACAACGCAGGCAGUAACCCCACCCCACCGCCAUCCGCCAUGGGAUCCCCACCCAGUCUCCAGGACCAUCAGCGCACCCGAACCUCCUCUCACUCCCGAACUCGCACCCUGCCCUCCGCCCUACAGUUUGCCUCUUCCCUCUUCCCGCGCAGUGGCGUUCAUGAAGCAUCUACUUUUGAUGACACGUCAGAGGGAGCUGUGCACUACUUUUAUGACGAGAGUGGAGUGAAGAGAUCGUAUACGUUUGGACCUGCUGGAGGUGGCUAUGAGGACCCAGUGCAGGAGCGUGAGAGGCAGUCACAGUCCUCCAGCUUCACCUCCACAGAUGUCCAGGAGGUGGCGGCAGGGCUGCCCAUGCUACAGCCCAGACCGGUGGUCCUCCAGGGAAUGCAGGUUCGCAGGGUACCCUUAGAGAUGUCAGAGUUUGAUCUGGACCACGAGUCCCUCCACGAAUCUCAGGAGAACACGCUGAUGAUCGAAGAGAAGGCUAAACCCAAGCAGUAUUACCGAUUCUGGGUGCUGCCAGGGAAGUGGCUGAGAGUGCGCUAUGACAGGCUUGCCCUCUUGGCCCUGUUGGACAGGAACCGGCGAGUAGGGGAGAACGUGUUUGCGGUGGUGUUGGCCAGCCUGGUGGCCUUCCUGGGGUUCCUGCUGCUUCUCCAGGGUUUCUUCAGGGACAUCUGGGUCUUCCAGUUCUGCCUGGUUAUUGCCAGCUGCCAAUACUCCUUACUAAAAAGCGUCCAGCCGGAUGCAGCCUCCCCAAUGCACGGCCAUAACUGGAUCAUUGUGUACAGCAGACCAGUGUAUUUCUGCCUGUGCUGUGUGCUCAUCUGGAUCUUUGACCUGGGUGGCAACUCUAGCAGCUUGCAGCCUUUUUCACUUUAUGGAGUCACCUUCUUUUCUGCCCACUUUUUGCUCUGUGCCAGGGAUGUUCUCAUUGUGGUCAUCCUCUGUUUCCCACUCAUCUUCCUCUUUGGACUCCUACCUCAGGUCAACACCUUCCUCAUGUGUCUGCUGGAGCAAGUGGACAUGCAUGUGUUUGGGGGAACGGCCACAACUAGCCCAUUGUCUUCGAUCUACUGUCUGUCGCGAAGUCUUUUGGUCGCAGCUCUUGUCUACGGGUUUUGCCUGGGCGCCAUCAGGGCUCCCUGGGGAGAGGCCCAUGUUCCUGUGCUCUUCUCUGUGUUCUGUGGUCUCCUCCUGGCCCUGUCUUACCAUCUCAGCCGGCAAAGCAGCGACCCCACAAUCCUCUGGACUUUGAUCCGCUCCAAAUUCUUCCCCGAACUGGACAGCCGUACACCUGAGGAGCCCUCACUGGAGAUUAAAGAUCCUUUACCUGAAAAACUCCUCAACUCUGUGAGAGAGACUCUUCACUCAGACCUGGUCAUGUGUCCUCUUAUGGCUAUCAUCACCUUCGCCAUUAGUGCCAGCACUGUCUUCAUCGCCCUACAGCCUGCUCUCAGUUUUGUACUGUAUAUCUUGGCUGGCGUGGUGGGUUUCCUCACACAUUACCUGCUGCCUCAGCUUCGUAAGCAGCUGCCCUGGUUCUGUCUGGCCCACCCAGUGCUGCGCUCUCGCGAGUACAGCCAGUUUGAGGUCCGGGAGGCUGCCCAGUUGAUGUGGUUUGAGAAACUGUAUGCCUGGCUUCAGUGUGUGGAAAAAUACUUCAUCUACCCAGCAGUAGUUCUCAACUCCCUGACCACUGAGGCCCACAGCUUCAGCCAGCACCCUGACAAGACAGGCACCUAUGGCCGGGCUCUGUUCAUCUCUCUGGCUGGUAUGAAGUUGCUGCGCUCGUCCUUCUGUGCGCCGUCUUUGCAGUACGUCACUCUGUGUUUCACCGCUCUCUUCUUCCACUUCGACUACCCGCGCUUCUCCGAGACUUUCCUCCUCGACUACUACUUCAUGUCCAUCCUCUUCAGCAAGCUGUGGGACCUGCUGUACAAGCUGCGUUUUGUGCUGACCUACAUUGCCCCCUGGCAGAUCACCUGGGGCUCUGCCUUCCACGCUUUCGCUCAACCAUUCGCUGUGCCCCAUUCGGCCAUGCUGUUCAUUCAGGCUGUGUUCUCCGCUCUCUGCUCAACUCCCCUGAACCCCGUACUGGGCAGUGCUGUCUUCGUCACCUCCUACGCCCGCCCGGUCAAGUUCUGGGAGCGCGACUACAAUACUAGACGAGUGGAUCACUCUAAUACACGACUUGCCACACAGCUGGACCGCAACCCUGGUGCUGACGACAACAACUUGAACUCGAUCUUCUACGAGCACCUGACACGCUCUCUGCAGCACUCGCUGUGCGGGGACCUGCUGCUGGGGCGCUGGGGGAACUACAGCGCGGGAGACUGCUUCAUUCUGGCCUCCGACUACCUCAAUGCCCUGGUGCACAUCAUCGAGAUCGGCAAUGGCCUGGUCACCUUCCAGCUCCGUGGCCUGGAGUUCAGAGGUACGUACUGUCAGCAGCGGGAGGUGGAGGCCAUAACUGAAGGUGUGGAGGAGGAUGAAGGCUGCUGCUGCUGUGAGCCAGGCCACCUGCCCCACAUGCUCUCCUUUAACGCUGCCUUCGGCCAGCGCUGGCUCGCCUGGGAGGUCGCGGCAACCAAAUACGUACUGGAGGGCUACAGCAUCAGUGACAACAAUGCUGCAUCCAUGCUCCAAGUGUUUGACCUGCGCAAGAUCCUCAUCACCUACUACGUCAAGAGUAUAAUCUACUAUGUAAGUCGCUCACCAAAACUGGAGGAGUGGUUGGCCAAUGAGACGGUGCUGGAAGCCCUACGGCCUUGUCUAAGCCCCUCCUACGUGGACAGUGACCCCACCUUCAACCUCAACAUUGACGAAGACUAUGAUCACCGUGCUGCUGGCAUCACCCCAGCCUCCUUCUGUAUGGUCUACCUGGACUGGAUCCAGUACUGCAACAGCCGCAGGCAGACACCUGUAGAGAGUGAGAGAGACUCCUCACUGGUCAUGCUCUGUUUUGGCCUUUGUAUUCUGGGUCGACGUGCACUGGGAACAGCCUCUCACAGUAUGUCAGCCAGUCUGGAGCCCUUUCUCUAUGGCCUCCAUGCUCUGUUCAAGGGUGAUUUCCGUAUCACCUCCCCCAGAGACGAGUGGGUCUUUGCAGACAUGGACCUGCUGAACAGGGUGGUCGCCCCAGGUGUGCGGAUGUCCCUCAAACUGCACCAGGACCACUUCACCUCCCCCGACGAAUAUGAGGACCCAGUGGUUCUGUAUGAUGCCAUCACAGCCAAUGAGGAGAGGAUGCUGAUCUCUCACGAGGGUGACCCAGUGUGGCGUAGUGCCAUCUUGGCCAACAUGCCCUCGCUGCUAGCAUUGCGCCACGUCAUGGACGACGGCAGUGACGAGUACAAGAUCAUAAUGCUCAACAAACGUUUCCUCAGCUUCAGAGUCAUUAAGGUCAACAGAGAGUGUGUGCGCGGGCUUUGGGCAGGGCAGCAGCAGGAGCUGGUUUUCCUGCGGAACCGGAACCCAGAGCGGGGCAGCAUCCAGAACGCUAAGCAGGCUCUGAGGAACAUGAUCAAUUCGUCAUGCGAUCAGCCCAUCGGUUACCCCAUAUACGUCUCCCCCCUCACCACCUCUUACGCUGGGAGCCACACCCAGCUCCGCUCCGUCUGGGGAGGACCCGUCAGCCCACACAACAUUUACACCUGGUUCAUCAGCAGCUGGGACAGGUUACAGAAGGGGUGUGGUGCGGGCUGUAACAGUGGAGGGAACGUUGAAGAUUCGGACUGCGGCGGGGGCUCCAUCUCCAUCAGUAAUAACCCCGUGCCCCACCCUCCGCAGAGCGGCACCAUGACCGGUCCCACCCCCCACCUCACCACUGUCCAGCCCUCCUCUAUGGGAACAGACAACCCUGCUGGCCCCAACUGGCCUCACCAUCCUCAGCCCCUCCCACUGGCCCUUCUCAGCCAAUCAGAUGGCAGGAUGGAUGCUGGGUUGGUCAUGUCCCUCCAGCGCACCUCCUCCAUUCAGGGGCUCUUAGGCCAGCACCUGUCCAGCUCCCAGCUGUCCUUUAGCAGUCCCAUGGCCUUGCCCACCACCGAGCGCUUUUGCCCAGGCAGCAUGCAGGACAACGGUGGGCACAGGGCUUCACAGAGGUCUGGCCUGAGUCUCGGCCAGGGCAGCGGGCUGUCUUACGAAGGCCUGUACAGCAAAUGGAGUCUGUCAGGCAGGAAGGGCUUCAGUGGGCAGACAGUGACGGACGGGGAUGGAGGAGGGUCCCAGAGCAUCAGGACUCAGGUGAGCCCUGCCCCUUCUGUCCCUGCCCCUGAGGUCUGUCCCACACUGGACCCAGCAGGCGCUUUGCUGCCUACAGAGACUACACCUCUGACGUCAGAUACCCCCACAGCCCGGGGGGAGGAGUCUACAGAGCUACCUUUACUUGAGCACCUGCGCUGAGCCCACACAUGCUCUGCAUAGUGUCCGUCUCACCUGAGGAAGACUGGAGCAGGUGAGACCGGACCAAUCUCGGCUUGGUCCGUCAUUCAGCUGACAGCCAUUCCAUUCAUUCCUGCUUCUGAACUGCUGGAGAGAGCUAGAGAGAUGUUUCCGAACAUGAUGGUGGCAAGGAAACCCAUCGCUGUCCCUCUUGGGAAUGAACUUCACUCAGUGGCAGUGCCGGCUCUUCAGGAAAAUUAGAUUUGAGAUCCUCUCGCGCUUUCGUACAGGGGACGCUAAAUGUCAAGGACAGUGCUUGUGAGGUCACAUGAUG